AUGGCGUCUCGACCUACCGUCACCAUCACCACGGCGGAUGGCAAGCCCAGCGGUGCCACCUACCCGCUGCCGGCUGUGUUCUCCUCGCCAAUCCGCCCGGACAUUGUGCAGAAGGUUCACACCGGUAUGGCGAAGAACAAGCGACAGCCAUAUGCUGUGAGCGAGAAGGCCGGUGAACAGACCUCUGCCGAGUCCUGGGGUACCGGUCGCGCUGUUGCCCGUAUCCCCCGUGUGUCGGGUGGUGGUACUCACCGUGCUGGUCAGGCUGCCUUCGGUAACCAGUGCCGUUCUGGUCGUAUGUUCGCCCCGACCAAGGUGUGGAGGAAAUGGCACCAGAAGAUCAACCUCGGCCAGAAGCGUUUCGCUGUCGCUUCUGCUCUGGCUGCCUCCUCUGUUCCUUCUCUCCUUUUCGCCCGUGGCCACCGCGUUGCCAACGUUCCCGAAGUUCCUCUCGUCGUCGACUCCAAGGUCUUCGAGAAUGGCGCCAUCACCAAGACCAAGGCUGCUGUUGCCCUGCUGAAGGGCGUCGGUGCUGGUCCUGACCUGGUCAAGGUCCAGAAGUCCCGCAAGCUGCGCGCUGGUAAGGGUAAGAUGAGGGGCCGUCGCUACCGCCAGCGCCGCGGUCCUCUGAUCGUCUACAACCCGGAGAAGGACGGCAAGGAGCUCGUCAGGGCUUUCCGCAACAUCCCUGGUGUGGAGACCUCGUCUGUCUACGCGCUGAACCUGCUGCAGCUGGCUCCUGGUGGUCACCUGGGCCGCUUCAUUGUGUGGACGUCCGCUGCUUUCGCCGCUCUGGACGAGUUGUACGGCACGACCACUACUCCUGCCGCCCUGAAGAAGGACUACCUCCUGCCUUCAAACGUUCUUGCCAACGCCGACAUUGCCCGUCUGAUCAACUCGUCCGAAAUCCAGUCGGUGCUGCGCGAGCCUAAGGGCGAGGCCCGCACCAAGCGCACCAACGUGCAGAAGAAGAACCCUCUGCGGAACCGCCAGGUGCUGCUCAGACUCAACCCGUACGCCGCGGCCUACUCGAAGGAGAAGCUGGGUCAGAAGGGUGUUGAGCACGGCAAGCCGGAGCGUGCUAGUGAGACGUUCCACAAGAUCCUGUCUGAGGAGUAA